AUGCCAGAAGUCAGUGGGAAAAGAGGACCUGUCGGGAUCCGCAUGGCUUAUAUUGAAGGUGGGAUCCUCGAGAAGGGGGAGCAAAGGGGCCAAGACGAAGCACGGAGAGGUGAGGAAAUGGUCAAACUCUGGCGAUUGAGGGCAGGCCGUCGAUUCGUUGCUAGCAGAAGCCCCAUCGAAGCGUAUUCACGAGACCAGCAAAUCACCUCUUUCGUCUCAGAUGCCCGAACCAUUUUCCCAAUUAACUCUCGAAUGCUCUUCUGGUUGCUGCCGUGCUGUCUUGAUGUCGGCAGGUUGGGGGGUGAUGAAUCAGGUGAGGGAUGGGCUGUUUUGUGGUACCACCGUAUCCAUACUGCGUACACUGAACGGCGAGACCCACCACGGGAAACCGGUUCGCUUGGCUCAUUUUUGCAGCGACGGGUCGGAGACGGUGGUCUUACUGCUGCUGUGCUCCGUACAAACGCCGAGCUGCGCUUGCUGGAGAUCUUGCGUGAAAUCUCUCUUGCGAAAAAGAAGCAUCAGGAUGAUCUCGAGAUGCCCUCCUCCCACACACGCACACACACACACUCCCACUCUGCUCCUGGUGGCACCCAUCUUCAUCGCUGCAUCUUCAAGCUCUCUAUUUUGGCCCUUUCCCCAGACUUUUUACCCCAGACUUUGGACUUCGGAGACCGCACUAAAGCCGAUCUGUCAGGAAGUCCCCUCGAGUGA